GUUUAAAUAUGAAAUUAUUAGAUAUAGAAUUAAGAAAAUAUCAAAAUAUUCUUUUCAUUCCAUUGAUAACAUUUAUUGAUAAAUAUUUUGUAUCCAAUCAAUGUUCACAAAAUAAUAUUUUAAUUAAAGAAAUAUUAGAAUUUCUUCGUAUAACAAGUGAUCAAACACUAACAAUUCCAAUAUUUAUUAAUGCUAAUUAUCCACAAAUAUGUUUACAUUGGUUAUCACUUUCCUAUUUGAAUGCUUAUGAAUAUGCUUAUACUUUACGUAUAAUAUAUAAUAUUGCACGUCAUGAUGAAGGAAUAAUGAUCCUAAAUAAAUGUCAAUGUCACAAUAUUUUAAUGCAAUUUAAUACAGAUAUAUUGGAUAGACAUAUCGAUUUUAUAAUUGAUAGAAAAUGGUAUGAAGAUCUUCAAUUAAUCUAUUUUAUGAUAAUAAUUUUAAUUGUUGAUUCAAAUAAACUUGUAAUUGAAAGUACUAAUUGGUUUAUAACAUAUCGUUUAUCACCAGCAAUUUUCGAUGGUAUACUAUCACGUACAUAUCGAUAUCAAAAAUUUCAUAUAUCAGAAUUAAUAAUUAUUCUAAUGAGACUAUGUAUAAAUGAUAAUUAUAUUCAUUGUAUUUCUCAUAAAAAAUAUUCUACAUUUCCAGAAUAUGUAUUUAAUGUAUUAAAUUUUUUAUUAUAUUGUGUUGAAAUCGAAAGAUUUGAUUAUAGUGUUCUCUCUUUGGAUGUUUUAACAGUGAUAGCUUUAGCAAAUAUUUUAUGGAGUAUUUCAUUUCAUGAUCAAUAUAAAAAUAUUUUAAUUGAAAAUAUUCAAAUUAUAAAUAAACUUAUAGUAUUUGAAUCAAGUAAUAUAAUUGAGAAAAUAUUACCUUAUAUAUACAUAUCUCGUCAUAUGUCAUCAUUAAAAAGAGCAAUUGAUGGUAUUUGGCAAAAUUUAUAUCCUUUAUCAUCUACAAAUGUAGAAAUUAAAUCUUUAACUACAAUAAAAUCUUUUUGUUCAUUAAUGAUUAGUUAUUCUCAUAUUGAUAUUGAUUUUUGUCGACAAUUAUAUGAUAUAUUUAGUAUACUUCCAGAAUUAUCAAUAUCUGUUGAUUUUAUUAAUUCAAAAUAUUUAUGGCAAGAAAUAGCACAAACUAUUGAACAAUCAGAUCUUGUUCUUUUUCUUAUAUCAAAUAAUUUUUUCAAUAGUAAAUCAUGUCGUCAAGAAUUAAUCUAUGUUACAGAUACAUUAAAAAAACCUUUUAUAUCAAUCUUUAUUAAUGCUGAUUAUCAAGUAACAGGAUGGCUUAAGAAUCGAAUAAAUGAAUCAAAACAGAUUCAUUUUGAAGAAAAAGAUUUUAUAAAUAAUUGUAAUGAAUUAUUAUCAUUGAUUAAGCAAAGUGUUUCCAUGAAUAUAACUUCAAUCAAAAAUACAUCCGAUAUCAAACAAUGGAAUGAAAAAGAAGUUAAACAAUGGUUUAAUAAUAAUAAUCUUAUGCCUGAAUUACAUGAUUUUUAUCAAUUUCAAAAUGGUUAUGAACUAUUAUUAUAUACUCAAGCAAUAUUAGCAUUUUCAUGGACAAAAGAAUAUGCAAGAAUAAAAAUAAGAUUCGAAGAAAAAUUCAAACAACAACAACAAUGUCUUUCUCCACAUGAAUUUUCAAAAUUUAUCAAUGCAUUAAAACAUUUGAAAAACAAGAGUCUUAGUUCAAUUUAA